CCCAUCCCCGGCCGACCCCGGGCCCCUAGCUGCUGUCGGGAGGGAAGGUAAACCGCGGAGCCGCGCGAGGAGACGAAGACGGCGGCGGCAGUGCCACGGGUGUCUCGUCGGCCAGUCGGUCGCCGCUGCCCCCCUCUCCGCUCCUCUCCGCCCACCUCCCGCUGCCCCUCGCAGGGGCGACGCUGCCGUUGGAGCCUGCGCAGUGCGGCGGGGAGCGGUCGCCCCCUGCCCUGCCCUGCCCUGCCCGCCCGCGGGGCUGACAGCUCCGGGGAUCGCCGCCCCGCUCCCUCGGGGGUGGCAGCGGGCGCCGGGGGUCGCGCCGCGCCGCGCCGCGCCACCGCCCCGCCCGCGCUCUGAUGGGCCUGGCGGAGCCGGCGCCAUGGCCGCCUUGUACCAGAGCGCGGACUCGUCCGCCUCGGCCUCGCCGAACAAGCUGCUGGCGCUGAAGGACGUGCGGCAGGUGAAGGAGGAGACCACCCUGGACGAGAAGCUCUUCCUGCUGGCUUGCGACAAAGGUGACUAUUACAUGGUUAAGAAACUCUUAGAGGAAAACAGCUCAGGCGAAAUGAACAUAAAUUGUGUGGAUGUGCUUGGACGAAAUGCAGUUACCAUAACCAUUGAAAAUGAAAACUUGGAUAUACUACAGCUUCUUUUGGAUUAUGGCUGCCAGUCAUCAGAUGCACUUUUGGUGGCUAUUGAUUCUGAAGUGGUGGGAGCUGUUGACAUUCUGCUUAAUCACCGACCAAAAAGAUCCUCCAGACCAACUAUUGUAAAACUAAUGGAACGCAUUCAGAACCCAGAGUACUCGACAACCAUGGAUGUGGCACCUGUCAUUUUAGCUGCUCAUCGUAACAACUAUGAAAUUCUCACCAUGCUAUUAAAGCAAGAUAUAUCAUUACCCAAGCCUCAUGCUGUAGGCUGUGAAUGCACGCUGUGUACUGCAAAGAACAAAAAAGAUAGUCUACGACAUUCCAGGUUUCGUCUUGACAUUUAUCGGUGUUUGGCCAGUCCUGCUUUAAUCAUGUUGACAGAGGAGGAUCCAAUCCUGCGAGCUUUUGAACUUAGUGCAGACUUGAAAGAAUUAAGCCUUGUUGAGGUUGAAUUCAGAAAUGAUUAUGAGGAGCUAGCUCAACAGUGCAAAACCUUUGCUAAAGAUUUGCUUGCACAAGCACGGAAUUCACGGGAGCUGGAAGUUAUUCUGAAUCACACAUCUAGUGAUGAACAUGUAGACAAGCGAGGAUUGUUGGAAGAGAGGAUGAACUUAAGUCGCUUAAAACUUGCAAUCAAAUACAAUCAAAAAGAGUUUGUUGCUCAGUCUAACUGCCAGCAGUUUCUAAACACUGUAUGGUUUGGACAGAUGGCAGGCUAUCGACGCAAGCACACAUGCAAGAAGAUUUUGACUGUUUUGACAGUUGGCAUUUUCUGGCCAGUUCUGUCCCUGUGUUACUUGUUAGCCCCUAAAUCUCGAGUAGGUCGAAUAAUUCACACUCCUUUUAUGAAGUUUAUUAUUCAUGGAGCUUCAUAUUUCACGUUUCUGUUAUUACUUAAUUUGUACUCCCUUGUCUACAAUGAGAAUAAGAAGAAUACAAUGGGACCAGCCCUUGAGAGAAUAGACUAUCUUCUGAUAAUAUGGCUGGUUGGAAUGGUGUGGUCAGAUGUUAAAAGACUCUGGUAUGAUGGUUUAGAAGACUUUUUAGAAGAAUCCCGUAAUCAGCUUAGUUUUGUCAUGAAUUCCCUGUAUUUGGCAACUUUUGCUCUCAAAGUAGUUGCCCAUAACAAGUUUCAUGAUUAUGCUGAAAGGAAAGACUGGGAUGCAUUCCAUCCUACCCUAGUGGCAGAAGGUCUUUUUGCUUUUGCUAAUGUUCUUAGUUAUCUGCGUCUCUUCUUCAUGUACACAACCAGCUCUAUUCUGGGACCGCUCCAGAUUUCAAUGGGGCAGAUGCUACAAGAUUUUGGAAAAUUUCUGGGCAUGUUUCUUCUUGUCUUGUUCUCAUUCACAAUUGGAUUGACACAACUUUAUGAUAAAGGAUUUACUGUAAAUGAAGAAAAGGACUGUGCGGGUAUUUUCUGUGAACAACAGAGCAAUGACACAUUCCAUUCGUUUAUUGGCACAUGUUUUGCUCUGUUCUGGUAUAUAUUCUCACUGGCACAUGUAGCAAUCUUUGUCACACGUUUUAGCUAUGGUGAAGAAUUACAGUCUUUUGUGGGUGCUGUUAUUGUUGGUACCUACAAUGUGGUGGUUGUGAUAGUAUUAACUAAACUCCUUGUGGCAAUGCUUCAUAAAAGUUUUCAACUGAUAGCAAAUCAUGAAGAUAAGGAAUGGAAGUUUGCUCGUGCCAAGCUUUGGCUUAGCUACUUUGAUGACAAAUGCACGCUACCUCCACCUUUCAAUGUUAUUCCCUCUCCCAAGACUAUCUGUUAUCUUUUCAACAGUCUCAGUAAAUGGAUCUGCUCUCAUACAUCAAGUGGCAAAGUGAAACGUCAGAACAGCCUAAAGGAAUGGAGAAAUCUGAAGCACAAGAGAGAUGAGAAUUAUCAAAAGGUGAUGUGUUGCUUAGUCCACCGUUACUUGACUUCCAUGAGACAGAAGAUGCAAAGCACGGAUCAGGCAACUGUGGAAAACCUAAAUGAAUUGCGGCAAGACUUGUCAAAAUUCCGAAAUGAGAUGAGAGACCUGCUUGGCUUUCGAACUUCUAAAUAUGCUAUGUUUUAUCCAAGAAACUAAGGCCUAAUUUUUAAACAAAAAGUGUGUACUUUUAGAUACCUAUAGGUGAAAGUGUUGACCUAAUUCUGUUGCCAGAUCAAAUAGAAAAGAAGAUUAUUGCACAAUAAUACAUUUGAAAAUGCGUUUGCAUGAGUUGCAGCUAGAUGUGGAAGUGGUGGAAAUAAAUGCAAAAACAGAUAUAGUAAUUUUCUUAAGCUCUUAAUCUUAGUGUAUAUAUAAAAUUUGUAUAUAGGAAUUUUUUUAAUGUUCCUCAGACUGUGGCUGUCAGGUGUCAGAGCUUCAUAACUAGCACAAUGUGUUUGUUUCUUCUAUUUUUGCUGUUUGUUCCUUUUUGAUACUUGUUUUUCAAGUUGUGGGAGAAGAUAGGCUUUUUAAAACAAAAAUCCAGCCUAUGUUUAUUUUUAAUAGAAAAGUCAGAUAUAGAAUAAUAGAAAAUUUCCAGCACAGCUGGAAAUUAUGUUUGACUGUAGGUUACAGUGCAUGCGAAGACUGUAUGGCUUUGAAAGAGGCAGUUCUAGUGCCAAGUUUUGUAUGUUAACAUUGACUGUAUACUAACAUUUAUAGAAUACAGAAAAUCAAGUCAUCAAGACUCUUCCCUUUCAUGGGAACAUUGAAAUUUUGAACUCAAAAUAGACCAACCAUUUCUUGAAUGUUUAUGGUUAUGUGUAAGACAAUCAAUUCCUGUUUGGAUUUUUCAGCAGUGCCUCAAAAGUAUGUUUUACUACACAUGUUAAGAUUGGGAACGGAAUUUUAAAGAUAACCUGUGAACUUUUAAGAUCUAGUAUCUUGGGGUUUUAAAAUCUGGAUGAGAAAUUAUUUGAAUUAUUAAAACCUGUGAUUUAACAAAAAUGAGAUGGAGCAUGUGAGUGCUAUUGUUUGCAGUGCUGAACAAUUCCUGUGAAACACUGUACACUUUUUGCUGUGAGAACAUACAUUGAAUCUGGUCAUUGGACAGAUGUAGUUUAGGAGGGCCUGCUUUAGACAGGUUUUACUUAUCCUACUUUUAAACUUGUCUGUCUUUUUUUCCUUUUUUUUUUUUACCACAGUUGUUGCCAAGCUAAACAUUUUUUUGUGUCAGGAAUACUAUGUUUUGUGAAAACAUGUGAUUUGACUUUGCUUACAAUGGACAGUAAGGGCUUUGUGGAUUUUCUGUGCUAGAGGGUCCUAUAUGGCUUUAUAUGCUUAUAUAUAAAUUCAAGUUGACAAACUGUAAUUGAGAAAUGCGAGAUUCCUGUAUUUUUAAGUACAAAAUAAGUAUAUUUAUGACAACUAAAGGAUUGAUUGACAAUUUUACUGUUACAAUGCUGCUCUUCUAAAAUGGUCUUACGUCAAGAAGGCGCAGGUAGCCAUAGUGGUCUUUGACUACAGUUGAUUUGGGGAGGUUGAUAGGGUGGAGGCUUAUAUGAAUGUUUACUUUUUUGCAGGAUUUCUUAUAAAACUCUUUCUUGUAAAGGUAAUAUAUUUUCUGUACUAUGAAAUUAUGUAUAUCUGAACUAGGGUUUAAUAUUCUGCUUCUAGAAGUCCUGUAGUAUAGAGGGAUUCUGAUAAGUGUUGGCUUUUCAUGUGAAUAAGAAGCUAACCUCUUGUGUUCAAAGCAAAGAGGAUCACUGAAUUUUGUAUUUGGACUCGGAUCUCAUGUUUGAAUUAUACACCAACGUAAAAACUGUGCUGUGUAUGUUACGUAUAUCCAAGAAAGGAAGCAGACAAAUAAAAGCUCUUUGAAAAAUA